AUGACUUUCCUCAACCCGUCCUCAAUAGUUAAAUAUACACAAAGUAGUCAAUUUCAUGAUUUCAUUCCUGACUGGAUAGUUGCGACUGUAACAGUAGUAUUCUUUUUUUCAGUUGCAGAGACUGCACUUCCAUUCCAAAGGCAGUUUUCCCUUGAUGAUUUGACUAUUUCCCAUCCAUUUGCAAUUAAAGAACGGGUUUCUGGAAUUUUGUGUAUUGAAAUUGCAGCAUUUGUUCCAUUAUUUGUAAUUCUAGCAUCAUUAUUAGUAAAAUAUCAACAUGGGGCAUUUUCUUCCCAUCAACAAGCUUUGCACUGUCUACAAAUUAGUGUUUUAGGUUUGAUAAUAUCAUUGAGCUUAAAUGGAGUGAUCACAGAUAUACUUAAAAUUUGGAUAGCUCGACCAAGACCUGAUUUCUUGGAGCGUUGUGGUCCAGCACCAGGAACACCAUUACACCAGUUGGUAGACUCAAGUGUUUGUACUGCACCUUUGGGCAAAGCUUUGUUGGUUGAUGGUAUGAAAUCAACGCCAUCCGGACAUUCUUCGAUUAGUUUUGGUGGGUUGUUCUAUUUAACAUUAUGGCUAUCGGGACAAUUUAAGUUAUUCCAGAAUAGAGAAUCCCUGCGAUACGUUUACAAGUAUUUCCUUGCAUUUUCACCAUUAUCAUUAGCCACAUAUAUUGCAUUAAGUAGAACACAAGAUUAUCGACACCAUUUUACUGAUAUAGUGUUAGGAGGGGCAAUAGGUAUCAGUUUUGCCUGGUGGUCGUACCAUCAUUAUUUCAACAGACUCGUUUCAGAAGAGUCACACAAGCCUAUAGAUUCCGAAACCUUAACUGAACUGUUGUUACCACAUUAA